ACCAUUGACAUUUGACAUAAUACAGAAAUUCAGAAAUCAGAAUUGAUUGACGUUUCUUUCUAUUGUCAUAGCUCCCAGUGGCAUCUUCUCACGUUUAUCGUAACUCAAAUAAAACGUAAAGAUGUCGGGAGGUUUAGAGGUACUAAGCCUCAAAGAGGACGAUGUAACCAAGAUGUUGGCGGCCGGAACCCAUCUGGGUACCGCCAACGUUGAUUUCCAAAUGGAACAAUAUGUCUACAAACGUAGGGCCGAUGGAAUCCACAUCAUCAACAUCCGCAAAACUUGGGAGAAACUGCUCUUGGCCGCUCGUGCCAUUGCUGCUAUCGAACAUCCUAGUGAAGUUUUCGUCAUUUCCUCUCGUCCUUAUGGACAGAGAGCUGUGCUGAAGUUUGCUGCACAUACUGGGGCCACUCCUAUUGCUGGAAGGUUCACUCCUGGUGCGUUCACCAAUCAGAUCCAAGCCGCCUUCCGCGAACCCCGAUUGCUGAUCGUGACCGAUCCGGCGUUCGAUCAGCAGCCGAUCACCGAGGCGUCCUACGUCAAUAUUCCCGUCAUCGCCCUGUGCAACACGGAUUCGCCGUUGAGGUUCGUGGAUGUGGCCAUUCCCGGCAACAACAAGUCCACGCACAGUAUCGGUCUGGUGUGGUGGAUGUUGGCCAGAGAGGUCCUGCGUCUGCGCGGCAGCAUCACCCGCGACACCAAAUGGGACGUUGUAGUCGACCUCUUCUUCUACCGCGAACCCGAAGAGGCCGAAAAGGAGGAGCAGGCCGCCAAAGAGGCGGUAGCGCCCGUCUCCAAGCCGGCCGACAUCGCGCCCGCCCUGGACGCCCAAGACAUCGACUGGAACACGCCCGACCAGUCCGACUGGGCGGCCGAGGUGCCCCAGGCGGCUGCCCCCGCUGCGGUGGUUAGCGGCGGGGCUACCUUUGCGCCCGCCGCCCCCGCGGAGGAUUGGGCGGCCGAGGUGGCGCAGGAGCAGUGGACUAAUGCGGCGGCGCCGGCGCAAACGCAGCAGCCCGCCCAGACUGCGGCGCCCAAUUGGGGCGGGUCUAACGACUGGGCGUAGAAGUAUUGUUCUGUGUUGGCUUUUUUUGUACAAAAAUUGACGUGCGAUACGCGAUUUCGUAUCAAUAAAAAGAUGAUUCAAGGUUUGUUUUGGAGUUUUAUUUGGUUCUACCCUUUGAUUAAUCCAUUAGCGC